UCGCCGCUUUGAUUUCUUCUAGCAUUAUAUAGCUUUGGAAAAGACAAUAAAUCGUUUACCAGUUUCAGCAAAUGGAUUCCGAGUUUCUUGACAAUUCUGAAAUGGCGGAUGAUUUCACGCACUCUCGUGAUGAUAAUGUUUCUGAAAAGCCGCAGUUUUAUGUGGGGUUGGAGAAACGUUUUGCGGAUUUGAAGGGGCUUUUGUUCCACAACCAGGUGUCGGUCAUCGGUGUACAUUGUAUGGGAGGUGGUGGAAAGACUGCUCUCGCUUUGUCUCUCUGCAAUGAUCUCCAAGUUAAAGAUUAUUUUCACAACAAUGUGAUCUUUGCAAGAGUUUCACAAUCUCCAGACCUAAAUGGGAUAUUAGAGACUAUUUGGGAGAAGAUAACUAGAAGCAAAAGAACAGAGUUUAAGGAUGUGGAAGAUGCGCAUACAGAGCUACAACAAUUCAUUUUACAUCAAUCCAAGCCAAUUCUAAUUAUUUUGGAUGAUGUUUGGUCUAAGGAAAUUUUGGAAAAGUUAUUAUUUGAAGAUUCAGGAUGCAAGACUCUCAUAACUACCAAAGACAAGUCCACCAUACCCACAAACCCCUCUACACAACUCUAUCACCUACCAUUGUUGGGCCCAAAGGAUGCUCUCUCACUUUUCUCCUUCUGGGCUACUGGACAGACAUCAAUUUCAAGUGAUACAGAUGCAAAUAUAAUGCAGGAGGUGGAAUCAAAAUGUGGUGGUCUGCCACUUGCUCUAAAGCUGUUUGGCAGUUCUUUGCAAGGGGAAUCUCAAGAUGCCUAGAAGAACAAGCUUUCUAAUGGAGAAUACAUGUCGGAUUAUCACAAAGAGGGUUAUUCAGAUCAUUGCAAACCAGUAUUGACUCCUUAGAUGAUGUAACCAAGGAGUGCCUUUUAGACUUAGCAAUAUUUCCAAAGGACAGAAAAAUAUGUGUCGAUGCACUAUUGGACAUUUGGGUUUAUGUUCGAAAGCUACAGAAGCAUGAUGCUUUUGCUAUCUUAUCAGAACUUGCAAACAAAAAACUGUUAAAUUUUACCAGCAAAUCAAGGGGAAGCACAACAAUCUCAUAUAAAAAUGCCUCGGAGUUGAACAUUUCUCAACAUAAUGUAAUGAGAGAUUUGGUAUCGUAUUUGGCACACAAAGACAACGCAGUCCACAGCAAGAGGUUGGUCAUAACAAGGACGGAGAGUGGUUUGCUAAGUGAA